GGCACCAUGUGCUAGGUCACUCCCAGCGCAAGGCCACACCUGGGCCGUCGGAGCAGCCCCCCCUCACUUCAGGGGUCACCCUCCCCAGCACCCAUUGCCCCACCAUGGCCGGGGACCGGCUCCCGAGGAAGGUUAUGGACGCCAAGAAGCUGGCCAGCCUGCUGCGGGGCGGGCCUGGGGGGCCGCUGGUCAUCGACAGCCGCUCCUUCGUGGAGUACAACAGCUGGCAUGUGCUCAGCUCCGUCAACAUCUGCUGCUCCAAGCUGGUGAAGCGGCGGCUGCAGCAGGGCAAGGUGACCAUUGCGGAACUCAUCCAGCCGGCUGCACGCAGCCAGGUGGAGGCCACAGAGCCACAGGACGUGGUGGUCUAUGACCAGAGCACGCGGGACGCCAGUGUGCUGGCCGCAGACAGCUUCCUCUCCAUCCUGCUGAGCAAGCUGGACGGCUGCUUCGACAGCGUGGCCAUCCUCACGGGGGGCUUCGCCACCUUCUCCUCCUGCUUCCCCGGCCUCUGCGAGGGCAAGCCUGCUGCCCUGCUACCCAUGAGCCUCUCCCAGCCCUGCCUGCCUGUGCCCAGCGUGGGCCUGACCCGCAUCCUGCCUCACCUGUACCUGGGCUCGCAGAAAGACGUCCUGAACAAGGAUCUGAUGACGCAGAAUGGAAUAAGCUACGUCCUCAACGCCAGCAACUCCUGCCCCAAACCUGACUUCAUCUGCGAGAGCCGCUUCAUGAGGGUCCCCAUCAAUGACAACUACUGUGAAAAACUGCUGCCUUGGCUGGACAAGUCCAUCGAGUUCAUCGAUAAAGCCAAGCUCUCCAGCUGCCAAGUCAUCGUCCACUGUCUGGCCGGCAUCUCCCGUUCUGCCACCAUCGCCAUCGCCUACAUCAUGAAGACCAUGGGCAUGUCCUCCGACGACGCCUACAGGUUCGUGAAGGACAGGCGUCCGUCCAUCUCGCCCAACUUCAACUUCCUGGGCCAGCUGCUGGAGUACGAGCGCAGCCUGAAGCUGCUGGCCGCCCUGCAGAGCGACGCGGGCACCCCCUCAGGGACGCCGGAGCCUCCGGCGGCACCACUGCAGGAGAGGAGCUUGGCCUCUGGGAGUCAGGCAGGAGGGGCCUGGCUAGCCAGUGCUGGCUCCACUGGACAGGGAGCCCUGGACCCCCAGGUAUGA